AUGUCCUACCAUAUCUUCUUCUUCCUUCUCUUUUCCGUCAUUAUCUGUGGCACAGCCCUCUAUGUUACUCGAGCACGAUGGGUCCCUCUGCUGCCUGUUCCCGACUACAUCUAUCACCGCCUUCCCUCGAGCUUCACGGCAGAUCUGGAAGCCGGCCUGAGCUCCUCGCAGUUUGAUAUUGGCGCCAACGUGACCGGUGGGGACUCACGAGCGGGCUUGGAUGCGCGAGGAAAGCGUGAAGUCCAGAGGAUCAUGAAGAAUCGCAAGGUCGACUUUGAUGAAGCCCGCCGCAUCUAUACCGAGCAGCGCUUUGCAAAGAACAAUAUCGGACCUGAUGGCCGGCCCCGGGACCCGAAGUUUGUGUCUUUCUCGUGA